GAACAAGGGUACAACGCCACAGCAUCUACCACCACGUGAUCAUCGCAUGUGAAGCGCUCAUGAACAGAACUUUCCAUUAUACUGAUUUUGGAUCCUGGGAGCCAAAGAAUCCCUUUCUUAUAUCCUGACAUGCGUAGGUGGAGGAUAUUUCCGCAAAAAUCGCACGUCCUAUGCUUGAGCGCUAAUCCUCACGUGUGCAUCGCACAGCACUACAUAAACCUACGACCAACUUGCGAUUAUGCAGGUUGCGCCUCCUCAACUGCCCUUCUUCAACUAACAUUCUCGCAUCCUGAGCCAUAUUGUCAUUAAUGGCCAAUAUAGCAGCUCGGACGCUCGUAAGUGCAGCACAGACAGCUGCUCAAUUUGCUCCAGUGCCAUGGCUCGCACCCGCUACGGGCAUAAUGGUCGCAUUGAUCAACAUGUUCGCAGCAGCGGAAGCAAAUAAACAUGGGAUCAUUCUACUCCAGGAUCGCUGCUUGAGUCUCAUGUCCAUCAUCAACAAGGAGGGACAGAGUUUGUCCCCUGAUCAACAGCUCAGGCUGUGUUCGGGUGCCCAUGGCACCCUUCAAAGUAUUUUGAACAGAAUGGAGCCGUGGUGCUCCAUGUCCAGGGUCAAGCUGUUUGUCAAACAAGACGAGCUGGCUGGUACCAUUCAGCAAUGCCACACAGAUAUUUCAGAUUGCUUGGUCAAACUACAGGUCGCCUCUCAUAUAUCAAUUCAUGCUUGGCAGGAAAGCUUUGAGUUAAGUCGCAUACAAGACAAGGAAGACAUCCUGCAGUAUCUGGGCGACAUCAGAAACCAACAGGAGCUUAUGCAAGUCGCACAGGCGAAGCAAGCUGCAGAUCUGCAUCAGAUCAUGACAUUGAUGCAAAAGAAUCUUCCAGGUCAGAUUCCAACCACAGAUCGUGGUAUGGAAAGCAACCUGUACUACAUACAACAUUCGUCUCAGUCGCUUUUACCAAACAUGAAUCUCAAACGCGGUGAAGUGAGACGCAUAGGGCAAUAUGCUGUCAAGGGAACAGGAUCAGCAGAUAUAUGGGAAGGCUAUUAUUUGAACGAGGAAAAGGUGGCCAUUAAAAUCCUACGGGCUGUCCACUGCGAGCCUCAAACGCUUCGGAGGUUUAAGAGAGAGGUAGAGAUCUGGAAACGCGUGUGGGAAGCCGACCGCGGAGAGCAUAUCCUUCCUUUCUAUGGCUUCUGUCAAAACGAUGGGCCUUUCCCGUAUGUUGUAAGUCCAUGGAUGGUCAAUGGCACAGUGGACGAGUAUAUAAAAAAGUACCUCAACGUAGAUCAUCGUGCUCUGAUUACAGGCAUCUGCGAGGGCGUGAAUGUCCUGCAUAGCAUGACACCCCCGAUCGUACAUGGUGACCUCAAGGCGUCCAACAUCGUCGUUGAUGCACGCGGGAACCCCCUGUUGGCCGAUUUCGGCUUUGCCAAGGUCUUGGAAGAUGUCACGGGUGUAAAUUUCACGAUGUCUGCUGGGGUUUCCAAUUCCCAGAGGUGGCUUGCGCCAGAGCUCUGCUGUGAUGGCGGCAUGCUUACCACCCAAUCUGACAUCUUCGCAUAUGGCAUGACUAUACUCGAGAUUAUGACUCAUCAAGUACCAUGGUACAACAUCCGCCACACAACACAUGUCAUCAUCAAACUUUCUAGGGGGGAGAUGCCCCCACGUCCCAGUGAUCCUGCGGCUAGCCAAAGGGGUCUAGAUGACCGUUUAUGGGGGUUGGUCGAGGGCUGCUGGUCAGCCCCCGAAAAGAGACCUUCAACGAAAGAUAUUCUUGCUUUCCUUGGGUAAAAUCAAAUAUCGCUAUAUCUCAUCACCUUCUCAGCCGCACCUUCUCAUGCAACACCAUCCCUGGCCCAAACCCGCGGCUUCCACAGAUAGCUCAUCGUUUUCAUUGUAAUCUGACAUUGCAACUAGCUGCAGAAUCAGUGGGGUGGACUGUGCAACAAAGCAAAUUAUGUUUCUCUGAUCAGCGCCUAGUAGUACAGUAACCAAAGUUCAGCUACCAUAGCCAACAUGCAGAAUGUAAAGUGGUGAUCUAACAUUUUGCCGACAUCAAUGCACUCAUUUACAUAAAG